AAUGCACACUAUAGCUAUAGCAGGCGAACCCGAAGCGUUCCUCAACGAUGGAAGGUAGAGAUGGGGUCAAAUUUUCUGGAUUUCAUCUGUUAGGUCAGCUGCAUCUUUCAAUUCAACGUACACUCUUGUUCGAACAGAUAUGACUAGUAGAGUUACCGGGAUUUAAAUUGCUGUUCCAGGUGGUUCUUUGGAGCAAGGGAAGAUAAAACUUCAAACCUACAACAUCAACAAGCUCGUUCCCAGCUUCGUGUCCGGGGUGCCGUCUUAUCCGCGUCAGAAUGGGUCUCAAAGAAGGACUUGCUCUUCUUUUGAUUGUGCACAUUUCGCUUACCAAGGAUGCGAAGGGCGAUUUUAACAGCAGCAGAGUCCUGAUGACCAAGUCGGAGAAAAACAAGGUCAGGGACGUUUUGCCUUUGCCUCCUACUACAACGACCACAUGGUCCUGCAGCAGGCCCCUCAGCGGGCUGUCAUCUGGGGAUAUCACCCAGUAGUUGGCUACCGUGUCGUGGUGGAGGUUGGAAGCAUGUUGUUCUCUUCUUACGUGGAACCUGGUCCGACACCUGACGAAGGGAUAUGGUCUGUGACACUAGAUCCCGUCCCAGCUGGAGGGCCCUACACAGUAUUUGCUAUUACCUCCGGGGGAACAAUUUCCCUCUCUGACGUCAUGUUCGGUGACGUGUGGGUCUGUUCAGGACAGUCCAACAUGCAGUUUACCGUGUCUCAGAUGCUUAAUGCGUCAGAGGAGCUUGCGGCCUCCGUCAACUACACACAAAUUCGUCUGUUCACGGUGGCCAUGCAGCUUUCGGCUAGUCCGCUUGUGGACUUCAUGCAUGUCUGGGAAACCUGGUCCAUGCCCAACAACGCUACAUUAGGGGGAGGGAAUUUCACCUACUUCUCGGCUGUCUGCUGGCUGUUUGGUAAAUUACUUUAUGAAGAACUUCAGUACCCGAUUGGCUUGAUCGACACCACCUGGGGAGGAACACCUAUAGAGGCAUGGUCCUCCCCUGAUGCAUUGGCAGCAUGCGGAGUUAGCCAAGACAGCUUACCUACAAGCAUUAACAGCUCUGUAGGACCUAGAGACCCAUCUGUCCUUUGGAACUCCAUGGUUUAUCCCUUGUUAAAGAUGACCAUCUUUGGCGCCAUCUGGUACCAAGGUGAAUCUGACUCCGAUAAGCCGACGAUGCCUCAUUACAACUGCACUUUCCCGGCGAUGAUCGACGACUGGAGAGCCAAAUUCAGCGAACAGUCCGGCACGAGCCCCAUCUUUCCUUUCGGCUUUGUGCAGCUGGCACCAGACAGGUCGUCAGACGUCAGAGUCGGGUUUCCGGACAUCCGCUGGCACCAGACGGCAGACUACGGCUACGUGCCCAACCCCCGUAUGCCCAACGUCUUCAUGUCGGUAGCCAUCGACCUGCCUGACUUCAACUCCACCUACGGCAGCAUCCACCCACGUGAUAAGCAGGACGUGGCCAAGCGCCUGCUUCUCUCGGCUCUUAGUGUGGCCUACAGCAGGGGCCCGGCUGUCACCAGUGGACCACUCCCCAUGCAGGUGACACAGGAGUUAGACAUCAUCACCCUGGAUUACGGGGGCCUGUGGGUGCUCCGUGUUUCCAGCUCUCUGGGAUUUGAGCUUUGCUGUUCAAAAAACGUCACUGGUACCUGCGCAUACCUGGAUGCCGGCUGGGUGGCCGCCCCUAUCCUCUCUAGCACGGUCUCCGCCGUAGCCCUAGAUGCCACUGGCUGCAGCUCGGGCACUUACGUCAUCGGGAUACGUUACGCGUGGCGCGAGUCGCCUUUCGACUUCAAGAACGCCGCGGUAUACACCGUGGCCUUUGACCUCCCGGCCCCGCCCUUCAUCAGCUUCAAACCGGAAAGCGCUGGCAACGUCUUCAAUUACGUCUUUGACUGGUCCAAGCCCACGAUUCUGCCCUAAAAUCGACAGUUCCUCACCCCAACCCAUCCACCAAUCCAGCGCUGACGCGUUGUUUACAUUUGUAAUUGUAGAUUUUGGCGCUUUUGACAUCUUUAAAUUUCUCUUGCUCUUACCUUUUGAAAACUUGAUCAAAUUCAGUUACCUCGCUGUACGCGCACUCACGUUCGCACACACAUACGCAUCAUCCCUUACGUCCCCCAAAGAAAAAAAACAACAACACAGUCACAACAGCUUCUAUUAGAAAACGGCAAACUUAUUUUAGGUGUUGCUGUUCUUCAGUUAAAUUUCGACGAUCGUAUUAAAAUUUCCACAACAAUCAAAAUAAUAAAAUAAAUCAACAACA